AUGCAGCCCAUUGUUCACGAAAUUGAUCCAACUGGGGAUACUCUGUUCAUCCUCCGUAAGCCAGAUGCCCCAUUUGCAGUGGACAGAUCUUUUGUGCAGUGGCCUAGAGCCCUGCCACAAUAUUGGACGCCUGAAAUGCAACAAAAUGAACAGCACUUGGCGAACUGUGCGCUAGCCCCGCCACGGACUGUCACCUGGAAUCCAGAAAUGCAUAUGCGGCUUUCGUCAAAACAUCUUUGUCUGGCCUCUGAGUACUUUCAAAAAAUGAUGGCCAAUGAUUGGAGGGAGACCAAUGCUGAGAAUGGCUACUCCUAUACUAUAACUGCCGAGGACUGGGAUAAAAAGGCGCUUCUUCUCCUAAUGAACAUAAUCCAUGGCCAAACACAUAAAGUGGAUCGAUUCAUCAACCUUGAGAUGCUUGCAAAAAUAGCCGUGCUUGUCGAUUACUAUCAGUGCCAUCAGGCAGUCCAGUUCUUUGCAAAUUCAUGGAUCAGUCAACUGAGACAGCCUCUUCCCUCUUCUUACGGACGGGAUCUUCUGCUGAGGCUAUUUGUGUCCUACGUAUUUUCCGAAACCUACACGUUCCAUACGCUGACGAAGACCAUCAUAUAUGAGAGUAGAGGCUCUAUUCAUACGUUGGGUUUGCCAAUUCCCCAAAAGAUGAUUGGCAAGUUUCAAUAA